AUGCUACGCUCGCUCAUCCGCACAACUCCAAGACUCUCCGUAACGCGCAUUACACCCUCUGCAACUCUUGCGAGGGGAUAUCACGAAAAGGUCAUCUCCCACUAUGAAAAUCCGCGCAACGUCGGAUCUCUCCCAAAGGCAGAUAGUGACGUUGGAACCGGUCUCGUUGGCGCUCCAGCAUGUGGAGACGUCAUGAAACUCCAGAUCAGAGUAGAUGAAAACGGAAUCAUCAAAGAGGCAAAGUUUAAGACGUUUGGCUGUGGAUCCGCAAUCGCCUCGUCGUCGUACAUGACCGAACUCGUCACCGGCAUGUCCCUCGAGGACGCAGGCAAGAUUAAGAAUACCGAAAUCGCAAAGGAGUUGUGUUUACCUCCCGUCAAACUUCACUGUUCGAUGCUCGCUGAAGACGCGAUUCGAUCCGCUAUCAAAGACUACCGCACCAAGCGCAGUCGUCUUAGCUCUGCCGCCUCUGUCGACGCUGCGCAGCCCACGGCGAGUGCCUCGCCCGCUGCCUGA